AUGACUUGCCCAAGCACACAGUACCACAAUGACAGUACAUAUGUUCCAGAGAUGUGGACGUGGUUCAGCAUUGGAACACUAGUGACGAUUCUACGACUAGCAGUCACGUUCCGUCAAGUGGGAUGCGGGAAGUGGCAAGGCGAUGACAUCUUGGCCUUGGUAGUGUGGAUGUGCUUUGCGUGCAAGUCGAUAGCUUUGACAAUGGUGUUCAAGUACGGCACCAACAUGGACUACUAUAGUGCGGAGGCGGUCGCGAUCCUCGGUUCCUGCCAACUGGAUCAAGUGGUGACAGGAAGUAAGAUGGAGCUGGUAGCAUGGUAUGCAUACUGCAGCAUCAUCUGGGGAUUGAAGGGCAUGGUUCUUUUCAUUCUCGCUAGAUUUCGCCUUGUGUGCGACAGGAUCUGGCUCUUCAGGACCGCAGCGGUCAUGACAGGCGUCAGCUACGCUGCAAUGUUCCUCGCGUUGUGUUUGGGCUGCCUGCCAUAUCGGGAGAACUGGCAAGUAGACCCGCCCCCUCCAUCCACAUGCUCCUUCAGGAUGCACGACGUCUAUGUCUCGGCGAUACUGAAUGUCACGACGGAUCUACUCAUACUAGCCAUACCUCUUCCGAUAUUGUGGAAGAUACGAGUGGGCCUGGGCAAGAAGAUUGGACUGAUCUUGUUGUUAUGCUCCGGCAUCUUUGUCAUGGCGGCCGCCCUCAUUCGAUUUGGAUUUGUGCAAACGGGUUCCACUUCAAGUAACCUCAACAAAUGGUGCCAGAGAGAAACCACAAUCGGAAUCAUUGUUGUCAAUAUGCCCAUACUGUGGACCUGGAUAAAGCCCCUUUUCAUUAGCAGAGCUUCUAUGCUACCGGCCAGAGGGUGCCACCCUUUGAGUGUUGUCAAUAUGCCAUGCCAGGAGACGCCACCACUAUACAAAUGCGGAUUACUUCCUUCGACAAGCGAUGCACCGAAGCUCCCCCAUGGCACUGGGGCAAGCCUUGACAGGGGAGUCACGACACCGGCGGCCAAGCCACAUAUCUUGAGCACUGUGCACCCUCUUGACGCGAGCGAGUGAUGACGGCUAGAUACCUGCUUGCAUCCUUUCUGACACAGAGGAAUUGGAUGCAAAUCUAGAGCUCGUGCUAUGAUAUUCCAAUAAAG